UAAAAAUUAAUUAUGAAAAAAAAUGCUCUCAAAAAACAAUACUGAGCUGGUGGAAAUUACUGACAUUAAUAAAUUAAAGGAACUGAGAGAUUCAUAUCGCCGCAAUACUUUAAGUUGGUCACAACACUGUGUGGGUUAUUAUUGUUUGGAUAACUACAUACGAUGGAAAGAGCGAGAACCGACAAUAAAACAUUUAAAGAUCUACACACUGAACGAAUGCUAUCGCUCUGAAGGUUUAUACAUAAUCGUCGAUCGCUAUCAAUUGUUUGUGGGUAGUCUCCGACAAGAAGAGCAUAAUGAAAAUCUAGUAAAAGCUUUACAAUUGUUGGAUUGGUCGGGCGGCUUGAAAGUGAGUUCCAUAUUGGAGUGUCACCGCUAUUCAGUAUUGGAAGUGGUGAAUAAAAAGCAGUUAAAACUGGAAUAUGAUAGUCUAACGCUUAUGUACUUUAUGACGAGUGAAAAAGCUAAAAAUCUAGUCAUUGGUUGCCCUAAAGGUUAUUAUGUGAAGCCCUUAACGGCUAAAGACGAUGCCCUAAUUGUCGACAAUCAUUGGCCUAAUCGCCAUCAAGGGUCUUUAUUUUUGAUAAAUCGGUUAAUCGACUGGAAUGUUAACAUGGGUGUAUAUGUUGAAAAUACUGACGAAUUGGUGGCUUGGUGCUUGCGCUUGCAAGGUGGGUUUUUGGGUGCAUUGCAAGUUAAAGAUUCCCAUAAACGUUUAGGUUUGGGUAGUGUGGUAACCCGGGCGAUUUCUCUUGCCUUAGCUGAAAGCGGCACUGAUAUAAUGGCUUUGGUUAAUGAAGAGAAUCGGCCGUCGCGCGGCAUGUUUGAGAAGCUUGGUUUCUCUGUUAUUGCCCGUUGCUAUUGGCUGAGAACUUUUCCUAUACAAAGUCAUUAUCAGUGGCCAUCGGGAGAAUAGCAAGGAGAAUGAAAUUUCGCUGAAUCUUGUAAAAAUUUUUAGAUAAAUUACGCAAACAUCAAACAUUGUUUAUAAACAAAAUCAUUUUUGAUCAUUUUUGACAUAACGGCUUUGAAAUAAUCAUCUACCGAUCCAAAAACAAACUUUA